AUGACGAGUCCACAUCUAAGCGCCGCCCUCCUCACCACCGCAAACGAGUCCCUCGCGCCAGUCCUCCCCAUCCUCAACGCCUUUGCCCACCGCCAUAGGAAUCAGCACCAUUCCUCCCACUGGUGGUCUUCCUUUUCUCUCGUCCGUCGCGCUGCGCGCAAUCUCUCGACAGACCUCACAUCUCGCCCCCGGCCGAUCAAGAACAAGAACAAGCCUGGAAAUGUCGAGGGCGACAACCAUCCAGCUCUGGCGCGCGCAAAGUGGAUGAUUCGCCAUGUAGUCCCCCGCACAUACAUCGCCUUCUCCCAGCUCGCCGCCGACAACCAACAUGCCCCCCUUGGCCUCCUACUCCUCUCUAUCCUCGCCCGCAUCAACCGUAUCCUCUCCGACCUUGUGCCCGCCGAUCAAAACACAAUACCUGAAGCUUCAACCUCAGCAAAGCCAACUACUACCGGCCCAGUCCUCUCCUCUAAUUUCCAAACUUUAACGCCUGCCGAGACGGAUAGCCCAGAUAUAGACAUGGGCGUUACCAUUUCGCGCAACAAGGUGCUACCCAUUCGAAAAACGACUACGUCACAACCGGAAACCAAACUAGACGCCCACCUAACAGAGCCUCCUUCCAAGGAGCGCAAGCUCAAGAGUCUAACAAAAGACACCAAGAAGAGUUCGUCGAAAGAUCCAGCCAAGGACAAACCCAAGAAAAAGAAGAAAAAGGGUGGCGACGCACUCUCAAGUCUCUUCGGCUCACUAUGA